CUGCGCAAGUGCGCGCGGAAAGCCGGAAGGCCCGGGCCAGGGGGACUUGGGGGAGUCCUGCCGCUCUCUGGUCCCCGGGUUGGGCGCCCGAAGGCCGGGCCAGGGGGACUUGGGGGAGUCCUGUCGCUCUCUGGUCCCCGGGUUGGGCGCGGGCUGGAAGAUUUUAACGGUUUGGUGUCACAAUGCUGCGCGUGGUGAGCUGGAACAUUAAUGGGAUUCGGAGCCCUCUGCAAGCGGAGGAGCCCAACAGCUGUACCACCAUGGCCAUGGCGCGCGUUUUGGACAAGCUGGAUGCUGACAUCCUCUGUCUUCAGGAGACUAAAGUUACCAGGGAUGCACUGACAGAGCCCCUGGCUAUCAUUGAGGGCUAUAACUCCUAUUUCAGCUUCAGCCGCAACCGGAGUGGCUAUUCCGGUGUAGCCACCUUCUGUAAGGACGGCGCCACCCCAGUGGCUGCUGAAGAAGGCCUGAGUGGCCUCCUUGCCCCUCAGAAUGGGGACGUGGGUUGCUAUGGAAACAUGGAUGAGUUCAGCCAAGAGGAGCUUCGGGCUCUGGAUAAUGAGGGCCGGGCCCUCCUCACUCAGCACAAGAUCCGCACCUGGGAUGGUAAGGAGAAGAUCUUGACCAUAAUCAACGUGUACUGCCCCCACGCUGACCCUGGGAGGCCUGAGCGGCUGACCUUUAAGAUGCGCUUCUAUCGCUUGCUGCAGAUCCGAGCAGAAGCCCUCCUGGCAGCUGGCAGCCAUGUGAUCAUUCUGGGUGACUUGAACACAGCGCACCGCCCCAUUGACCAUUGGGAUGCAGUCAACCUGCAAAUGAGAAUUAAUAGUACCAGGUCACAUGGCACUGUCCAAAGUAGAGGAAUAUGUCCACUUCCCACAAGACCAGCUCUUCUAGUCUUCUCAUCUUUAAAAAUGGCACUAUCAUCCCCUUGGUUGCUCUUUCCAGAAGCCUGGGAAUUGUCAAAGUCCCUUCCGGCAUCUAGUUCUGCCUUUCCCUUUGUCCCCCUUCCCUUUCCCCAGGAAUGCUUUGAAGAGGACCCAGGACGCAAGUGGAUGGACGGCCUGCUCAGUAAGCUGGAUUGCCAGGGUGGGUCCAACGUAGGGGCUUUUAUUGAUACCUACCGCUGCUUCCAUCCAAAGCAGGAGAGGGCCUUUACCUGCUGGUCAACAAUCACUGGCGCCCGCCGUCUGAACUAUGGCUCCCGGAUUGACUAUGUGCUGGGAGACAGGACUCUGGUUAUAGACACCUUCCAGGACUCCUUCCUGCUGCCUGAGGUGAUGGGCUCUGACCAUUGCCCCGUGGGUGCAGUCUUGAACGUGUCUUCUGUGCCGGCAAAACAAUGCCCUCCUCUUUGCACCCGCUUCCUCCCUGAGUUUUCAGGCACCCAGCUCAAGAUCCUUCAUUUCCUAGUCCAUCCCAAACAAGAGCCUGUGUCCAAGCAGUCAGUGCUGCAGCUCAGCAAUCAAACCCAGGGACAGAUGCGCCAAAACAAAGCCCAUGUGCGCUCGAUCAGGCCUCGGCCAAGUCGGGCUGGCUCCGGCAAAGGCCAAAAAAAACUGAUUAACUACUUCCAGCCAUCCUCCAGCCGUCUCCAAGCUUCUACCAAUUUGGAGCUUCCUAACCUGCGUGCCCUUGUGACUCCAAAGAUCCCAGAAGACAAGGUGAUGGGCAAAGGGGUAGAGGGGCAGGCCAAGGAUGCAGAGGCCAAGGAUGAGAAGGAGCUACGGACCUCAUUCUGGAAGUCUGUGCUGGGGGGUCCCUUGCCCAUGCCGCUCUGUGGGGGCCAUGGGGAGCCAUGUGUGAUGCGAACUGUGAAGAAGGCAGGACCCAACCAGGGCCGCCACUUCUACAUGUGUUCCAGGCCCCGGGGGCCUUCCACUGACCCCUCUUCUCGCUGCAACUUCUUCCUCUGGAGCAGGCCCAACUGAGCCCACCCAGGCAAGGGAUAUCUGGUCUGGUCAGCCCUGUACAUGAACUGAGGCCAGCACCUUCCUAAGCUGUCACCUCCUCCCCCGAGGCCUCCUUUCCCACCCCCUCCUCCUCCUUCACCUUCCUCAGGAAUCCUUCUGUUUCUUCUUUCUCUUCCUCCUCUAAGGCCUCUCUCCUUUCUCUUCCUGCCUUGCUCCUCAUUGGUGAGCUACUUGUGCCUUAAUUCUGCACCCCAGUCCUCCACCCCAAUUUCCACCUUCCUGUAAGAAGUACACAGGAACCAGUUGCUCCAGGGACUUUUAAGACCCUUUCCUUCCUUGCUAGGAAGUGUAUCUGCCUCAAUAAAGUCUGUGUCUUUGUUUUAGUGCA